UUUUCCAUAGUCUCAGACUCUCACACCCUCUGUUUGGAAGGAAGAAAAAUCAGAGAAAACGAAAGAGGAAAAAAAAACAUGGGAGCAGAAGCGGAAGAGCAAGAAAAUAAGCAAGGCGAGAACCCGAGGUCCAUGACGAAGGCCCAGUUCCUCGCCUGGAAACGCCAGAAGGAUGAUGAUGCAUCUGCCAGAAGAGCUGAAGCAGCAAGGAAACGUGCAGAGGACAUAGCUUCAGGAACAGUGCAAUUGAAUGGCCGAGAGCUUUUCGUGCAUGAACCUUGGGUUUUUGAUAACACUCUUUAUUGAGGUCAUGUACCAGAACCCUGAUGGGGUCCAAGGCCUUGGAGGAUCAUUGAGUUGCUGGGGGUACAAAGUGGCUUGCUGCUGGUUGCUCUGGGAUGGCCUUUGAUCUGCAACUCCUAGCCCGGCCAUCAUCUGCUUACAGCAAACCAGUUGUGUACAACAGUAUUGUGGUCAAAUUGCUUGGUGAAAUAUCAUGAAACUGAUAUCUUUUAUUAUUAUUUUACAACAGGAUUUGAAGGGUCAAAACAGAGAACUUACUGUGUUUAUGCCAUAUUGACUGUGACCCAAAGUUAGAGACCUGUGCGUCAAGUAAGAUAUGUUCGAAAUCAGAAUGUAUGCAGUAGCAAGCUUUUGCAAAUGAAAAGUUUCCAAAAGAGUAGUAUUUGACAUACA